GACCUUCGCCGAUCACUGUAAUCUAGCCGUGCCGCAAUCAUCUUCCCCUUGGCGCCCCGAUCACGCCCAUCGAUUAGACCACGCCUACCUAAAAGUCUCCCUCCCGCCCACCUUGUGGCUCCGCCCCAGGCCUAGCAGAGGAAGAUUCUUAUUGGUGAAGAAGUUGUCCUGGUUCCGCCCCAGGGCACGGCGAUAGGCCGAGCCGGAGUGGGGCGGUGGUGGUUGGCUGCCUGGGGACGGGUCGGUAGCCGUGCCUGUCAGAGUGGCUGGCGGCAGUGGCGGCUCUCCCGGCUGGGUUGUCAGUCAGUGAGCAGAGGGGGAAGAUGGCUCGCUCGGACCCGUUCUGUUAGGAAGAAGGGGGGGCAGGUGGUGCUUCUACUCCGGAGAAAGCAGAGCAGCCGCCGUCGCUGUCGCUGGGAGUCAAACAAGCCGAGGUUCUGGAGGUGGAGCUCGGGAAGCCGCUCUGGUUGGAGGUCUAGAACAGAUGUGGAAAGAUGUUCACUUCAGAGAAAGGGGUUGUGGAGGAAUGGUUGUCAGAGUUUAAGACACUACCAGAAACAUCUUUAUCAAAUUAUGCCACAAAUUUGAAAGACAAGAGUUCUUUAGUUUCAUCUCUGUAUAAAGUUAUCCAGGAGCCACAAAGUGAGUUGCUAGAACCCGUCUGUCACCAGCUCUUUGAAUUCUAUCGCAGUGGAGAAGAGCAGUUGCUUCGAUUUACACUGCAAUUUCUUCCAGAAUUGAUUUGGUGCUACCUUGCAGUCUCAGCCAGCAGAAAUGUGCAUAGCAGUGGAUGUAUCGAAGCUCUUCUUCUAGGGGUUUACAAUUUGGAAAUAGUUGACAAACAGGGACAUAGCAAAGUAUUGAGUUUUACGAUUCCGUCUUUAUCCAAACCAUCUGUAUAUCAUGAACCUUCCAGCAUUGGGUCCAUGGCUCUGACUGAGAGUGCGCUAUCCCAGCAUGGUUUGUCGAAAGUUGUGUACAGUGGACCUCACCCCCAAAGGGAGAUGCUGACAGCACAGAAUAGGUUUGAAGUAUUGACAUUCCUUUUGUUGUGUUACAAUGCUGCCUUAACCUAUAUGCCCAGUGUUUCUCUUCAAUCAUUGUGUCAGAUUUGUUCAAGAAUCUGUGUUUGUGGCUAUCCCCGACAACAUGUAAGAAAAUACAAAGGAAUAAGUAGCAGGAUACCAGUUUCUUCAGGGUUCAUGGUACAAAUGUUAACAGGAAUUUAUUUUGCUUUUUAUAAUGGAGAAUGGGAUCUAGCUCAAAAAGCAUUGGAUGAUAUUAUAUACAGAGCUCAGCUAGAAUUAUAUCCAGAGCCAUUGUUGGUUGCUAAUGCCAUAAAGGCUUCAUUGCCUCAUGGUGCCAUGAAGUCUAGUAAGGAGGGUACAAGGUGUAUUCAAGUUGAAAUCACACCAACUUCCUCUAGAAUAUCAAGAAAUGCAGUAACCAGCAUGUCAAUAAGAGGUCAUAGGUGGAAAAGACAUGGAAAUACAGAAUUAACAGGUCAAGAAGAACUCAUGGAGAUAUCUGAAGUUGACGAGGGAUUUUAUUCCCGGGCUGCGUCUAGUACUAGCCAAUCGGGUUUAUCAAACAGUAGUAACAAUUCUAGUAACAAGACAAGUGUAGGAAAGACUCAGAGACGGUCAGGAGGAAGCAAAACUGGAGGAAAAGAAAAAGAAACCACAGGGGAGUCUUGCAAAGACCACUUUGCCCGAAAACAAACUCAGAGAGCCCAAAGUGAGAAUCUUGAGCUUCUCUCUUUGAAGAGACUGACAUUAACUACCAGCCAAUCUCUGCCUAAACCUUGUAGCCAUGGUUUGGCUAAGACAGCUGCAACUGUAUUCAGUAAAUCCUUUGAACAAGUCAGUGGUGUCACAGUCCCACAUAACCCAUCAUCUGCUGUUGGCUGUGGGCCUGGGACAGAUGCCAAUAGGUUUUCUGCUUGUAGUCUCCAAGAAGAAAAGCUUAUUUACGUUUCUGAAAGGACUGAACUUCCAGUGAAGCAUCCAUCAGGUCAGCAGAGACCUCCUAGUAUCAGCAUCACCUUGUCUACAGAUUAAUUUGUAAUAGUUUUCCCACCUAACUAGUGAAUCUAGAAAUACGACUCUGCUUCUUUAUGAAGCACCCAGCAUCUUUCAUCCCUGUCCCAGGCAGGAGCCCUUGUGUCUUAAAUUCUAAAGGCUACCUUGACCUUAUGAAGGGAAUAAUGUGUAGGUUGUAAUAAGGUCAAACGUGGUUCUGUUAUUUCUUGGGUGUAUUUUCCCCCCUUGAUUUGAGUCUUUUUUUUUUUCUUUAUUUGUUUCUAUGGUCUAAGAUGGUCAGUGUCACAAUACAUUUUGGCAAGUUGUCUGAUCAAAUUGGGGACAUCUCGUGAGGUUGUGAGUUCUUAUUUUUUAAUAACUCCUAUUUUGGUAGUUGUAUGUUUGGCCUUCAGCGUAAAAGGGAAUCUCAUGCAUGGGAGCUGUUUUUGAAAGGAGGCAGAGGGUGCAACUCCAGGAAUUCUGUAGCUGACUGCACAACAGGGCAGUCUGAAAAUCAGGCAUGUUAAAAAAACAAAAAUGAUGUGUAUGAAAAGUGCCUGAUAAAAAUGUUUGUAAUCAGAUUGUCCUUAAGAUUAGUGGAAUCGUUUAUAUAAAGCACUGGAAAAAGCCUCGUAACUCAGUACCUAGACUAUUAUGUAAUUCCAGGGGAAGGGUAGAGGGAUUUCUGUUGUUAUCUUUGGAACAUUUUUAUAUAAAAAAUCAGAUUGCCAGUAGAUGUGUUGUUUUGAAGUAUUUGAUCUGGAUUUAGCAGGUGAAAAUCCCUUUCAAUUCCUAAAACGUAAUCAGCCAUGAAGCUGACUUACCCUGCUGCUUGACUUUGGAAAUCCUAGGUAGUUUGGUUUCCUAGAAUUCAAAGUACACAUCAUUGAAGUCUUCCUGGAAAUCAUCGUAAAUCGUGCAACACAGCUCUCAAGACACCGGUGUCAACCAUAUAAUAUUGAAUUGUUUGUCAGCAAAUGAAGGAAAUUAGGUAAAUUUUUCAUCUAUAAAAUGUCAUGCAAGAAAGCAUAAUGAAAUAUGGACAAAGGACAUUUAUGUAAUUAAUUUAGGUUUAUUUAUGUUUGUGCUUUUAAAUUUAGAAUUGUAAAAUAGGAAAGAAGUUAAAUAAUUUGUUUGUGAACGGGCCUAGUUUAAAUGUUCUUGUCAUGGUAGAAAGAAUAAUCAAUGUAGUUGCCCCCAACCAAAAAAUAAAAAUAAAAAAGGCAAUAUGGCAGAAGCAAAACAAACUUGUAUGUAGCUGUAGAGAACUGUGUGACCUCUAGAUAGAUGUAAAAUGUGGUAUUUGCUAGUGCUCGUCCUUUUAGCUGUGGUCAAGGCUCCCUGUAAAUCAAGUGUACGUAACUAAUAAUUCAGAGGGAGAGAAAGAAAGCAGGGCUGAGGAUAAGGGUAAAUUGACUGGGAGGGAAGGCCUGUCUGUCCCCUCUUUGUCUCCUUCACUAUUAAUGCACAGUGGUUUCCUUAUUCACAGUCCCUAGCUGUAGUUGCACAGAAAAUGUUAGUUUUCCUUUUGUGCCUGCUUAUGCAGAGCUCAAAUGUGAAAAAUUUGUAUGUCCUAAAGAGUGCUAAAGCAUACACUAUGAAUGCAGUUUUGAUCAUAACUGCUUUGGCUACCAUUUUAAAUUUAAAUCUUCAAAAAGCAUGAACUAGUUUUCAUUCAUUAAUCUUGAAUAGAAUAUGGCUUAUAUUAGAAGUGAAUUUGAGUUUUUUAGUUCCACUAAUAGAAAUGGGAUAAGAUCUAUUGCCAUAAACUGUAGUUUAAAAAAAAAAAAAGAAAAAAAAAAGGUAAGACUAGACCGUGAAACUUGAUAUUGUAUUAAUUUAACAGGAAUCCUGUGUACAAUUUAAAAUAUUUGUAAAAUGUCACUGUGAAUUUCCUUUUGUCUUUUUCUAAUUCUUUAACAAAAAAAUUCCCUCAGGCAUAUAGCUACUAACAAUAUUAAUAGUCUUAAGAAUUAAUUUUAGAAGACUGGCCUUUUAAGCAAGUCAAGUGCUUAGGAAACAUUGUAGAAUAAAUCUGAGGAAACAGGUGGCAGAAAUGAGAGAUCAGAUUUUAAUGAUCAACUGCUGUAUUGGAACCUCAUUUUGGUAUUAUUCUAGAUCAUUGCUACUCCUGCAGUCUGAGGACCAGUAAGUAGCAUUGGCAUCACUAGGCAUCUUGUUAAAGAUGUAGAAUUUCAGAGCCACUUUUAAUCUACUGAAUCAUAAUCUGCCUUUUAACAAGAUCCUUAAGUGAUUUUUAUGUGCAUUAAAGUUUAAAAAGAGAGUAUCAAAGUACAAAUUACCUACCUAAUAUUUGGAAUUUUCAGUGGUCUCACAACACUAGAUCAAAUAUGUUAGAUACUAAAUAUUAUAAUCUUCAUUGUUUUUAAUAGCUUAUAAAUUUUUAAUAGUGUCUAUGACACUUAUUAGAUCCUUACUUCUAAAUUUUUAAUGAUUUUCAUUUAUUUUUACAAUAAAAUUAUAACAUUUUAUAUUUUUCAUAUUAACUAUAAAUGGAAUCAGAGCUGUAGAUGCCUACCAUUUUAAGUAUGAAAGAGGUACCACCGUUUUAUACAAUGCACAACAAAUCUUCAUGUGUAUAUUCUUUAAAGAACUCUGAAGGCUUACUUAGUGGAGUGGUUCUGAAUUUUUGUUUCAAGUAAUUUGCACGAGUUGAUUUCCUGGAAGUUAUGUUGACAGUAAAAUUAUUUUAUAGCACCUUUGAUACUAUUUCAAAUAAGGGUUAUACAUUUGAAAAUUUUUAUAGCAAGUAUAAAUAUUGGAUAAAUGCUAACUAUGGUAACAAUUACAAUUAUCCCUCUUACUCAGCUUUCCAGAUUUUAAAGUUGGGGUGACUUUUUUAGGUCAUUUUUUCACAAAGAUGCUAAUGUAACCAUUUGGUCACAGAUCUCCUCUAUAUCUUUAUCACAAAAAGGAUUCUGCCCCAAAUGGGAAAUUGCACCCCAUAGUUCAAAGGAUCUGAACAAAAAUUAUAGUUCCAUUCCACAUUUUAAGCCAUUAGGGAGUCUUAAAAUUACCCAACCUCUCACUCUUCAAGUACUCAACUACCUGGGGUAUUCUAGUGAAGGUAGGUCCCAGCAUUUGCCUUUGGAAUUGAGUAGGGACUUGCCUUUGGAAUCAAGUUCAAGGGAGUGUCCCCAGAGGACCUAGGACAGGUGAGCACCCUGGAACCCCUUGUACUCCACCAUGGAACUUUUUGAGGCAGCUCUGUAGAUUUGAAGGGUAGAAAUUCUCAGUCCUUAAAUGAUGACAAAGUUUGUUUUGAAAAAGCAGUAUUUUGUUGCCCUUUUCAGUUAUGAAGCAACUGCUUAGUAAACAAAACAAAAAAUUAAAGGGAAAUAUGUUUUUUAAACCAAAAUAGAUAAAAAUGAUACCAGUUUUAAGGAAUUUUGCCUAUUUUGGAAGACUCAAAUUACAAUGUUAAAACCUUUACAUUUAAAUUAUAGAGAAAAAAAAUUGUACCCUGAGACAUAAUUUUAAAUAGAUAUUUAAAAGAAGACUGUUUAACAUUUGACUCUAUAGGCACAAUAAAUUUACACUUUGUUAAAGGGAAGCACAUCAAGGAAAUCUAUAUCAUAAAUAAUGUAACAAAAAAUGUUUCUUAAAAAGCCAUUAAAAAGAAGAAUAAUUUGAUGGGCACUUAAGCAUUGUAGAUAGAAAUAAAUGUAUAAUAGUGUCUUCCCAGUCUUUGGAUAAAAAAUAUAAACUCUCUAGUCCUUUACUUAGCAUGAAAUUUAUAUUUUUAGAUUAGUUGCUUAGUAAAAUUAUACUCAGUACUUGAGUUAUUCACAUUUAUGUUUAAUAUUGUUAAAUUCUUUAUCAGAGAACAUAAAUAUGUUAUCCUCUGUAUUUUGUAACUUGUGCAUAUCUAAAAAGACUAGCAGUGAACAUUUUGGAAGAUGUUUUUGUGUUUUUUUAUAGUAGAGAUCUAGAGUACCUGUGUCUUAAUAUGAAGUUUCUUUUAGUAAACUCAAGAUCUUAUUUUGCAUACCUUUGCUUUCUCUUAUGUAGGGUUUUUUUGUGUACUGCUUAUCUUUAUUUCUAAUCCUGUAGUGAUACUAAUCUUUUCAUAGUAAAUAUACUUGUUUCUAAUUGUAUUCCAGGAGUUUACAUUCCUAAAGAAUAAACUAUGACUUUGCAUAUUUUUAUGUGCUCCCUACAUUUUUAAGGCUAUGGAAAUAAACUGGAGUUUAGUUUUUUGAAGUUUUGUAUAUUUGUGUAAAUGUCCUUAUGCAGUACUUUAUACAGCAGUGUUGCCUCUUGUUUUAUUGAAAUAAAAACUGAAAAAAUA